UGGAGUCCAAGCGGAAGUUAACACCAUUCUUCCCCGCUUGGAUGACUGAAGAGUCCGGGCCACCCACUCAUCCAUCCUCCAGCCUCAUCCAUCUUUUCAUUCCAAAAGGGGCGUGGUGUGCAGUGGUGUGGCCGCGAGCGAGCUCAUCUUGAGGUCAGGUCAGGUCGCUACGAGCGCUUUGCAUGAUUGCCUAGCUCCUUUACGAUCCGAUCCCAUCUUCUGAUAGAUACGGGCAAUCAACCCAGCUUCUGUCAGCGUGUCCACUUUUUUGGCAGGAAUCCAGUGCCAAGCCCUCUGCGCGCAGCAAGAUUAAAGGUAAGAUGAUAUGAUGAAACGUGACCGUCACUAGCUCGGCGAUAGAUGCCAUGAACGACACCAUCUGCGCGCGGCGGUUUCAGAGUUUUCAUUCAGAUGACGACACCGACUUGCACCACCAAUGCAGCCUUCUUCUUCCUCCUGCUGCUGCUGGUGUGCGCCUGCUGCUUCGCCACCACCCUUGCCUGUGACCCUAAUGGCGAUGGCGCCAAGUUCGGGUACAUCGGCUCUAUGGGUCCUGCUCACUGGGGCAGCUUGAGCCCUAACUUCAGGCAGUGCGCGAGAGGGACUCACCAGUCCCCGAUCGACAUCUCCACGGCCGAAGCCGUUCUCAACCCGGGGCUGCAGCCACUCCACAGGGACUACACCGUCGCCAACGCUACCCUCGUCGACAACGUCUUCAACAUCGCCCUGCGCUUCGACGACGACGACGGAGCUGCAGGGAGCGUGCGGAUCGACGGGAAGGUGUACUGGCUGAAGCAGAUGCACUGGCACUCGCCGUCCGAGCACACCAUCAACGGGCGGCGGUUCCCCGUGGAGCUCCACAUGGUUCACGCCAGCGACGACGGCAACGUCACCGUCGUGGCCAUGCUCUACCGGUUUGGCAGCAGGCCGGACCCUCUGCUUUGGCAGAUUCAGGACAAGCUGGCGGCGCUGUACGCGGAGGGCUGCAGAGCGGAGGAGGGCGGCGGCGGCCAAGUUCCCGCCGGAGACGUGAGCCUGUGGUCGCUGAGGCUGCACUCCCACACGUACUACCGCUACGUCGGGUCCUUCACCACGCCGCCCUGCACCGAGGACGUCAUCUGGAGCGUCAUGGCCCAGGUGAGGGAGAUGACGGUGGAGCAGGCCGCCGCGCUGAUGGCGCCGCUGGAGAAAGCUUACAGGCACAACAACAGGCCGACGCAGCCGAUGAACGGCCGCGUCGUCCAGGUCUGCCACAGGUUCGUCAUGAGCAAGAAGACGGCGCCGUAGCCGUACGUGCGUGCCCCGUGCCCCGGCCGUAUGCCCGGCCGCCCCCUGCUCGUUGCCGUAGACGACGCCUCAUCAAUACUGAAGUUGGUCAGUAGGUCUGUGGGUUUAAUUAGCUAGGUUCAUUCAUAGGAGAUGUAUAAGCUGUUUGGUUUCCUGCAAAGUGGAUCCUUCUUAUCUGUAAGAAUAAGGUCUCUGUUUGGUUAUGAGCGGUAAAGUUUACCGUCCGUCACGUCGACAUCGAAUGUUUGGACACAUGCAUGAAACACUAAAUACAGACUAUUUA